GAGAGCGUGCGGACGGAUGGAGGACGGAGUUUUCGUAGAGCGCGCGUCGCCUGCCUGAUUGUCGUCCACUCCCGGCGACUACCUCUCGCUCUCGUCGGCGUCGUGCUCGAAUUCGAGCGUUGCUCUUCGACGCACUCAAUACGUGUAGAUGUAUUGCUGCUGUCGGUUAGAAAGUCAAGAGGAGCUGUCUGCGAAUCUGCGUUGUUUCUUGACAGACAUUGAUUGCCGAGCGCCUGCCCGAAUUAAGGCUAAUUUGCUGCAUCGGUCGGCAUUUCCAGUGGAGCCGAGGGAGCGGACGAGGGAGCGACCCGCCCUGGAAAGGAAAGAUGCGCUUUGAAAGUUGCAGAGCAACUCACCGAUGCGCGAGAGAGAGAGGGAGAGAGAUAGAUAGAGAGGAAGGAUAGAUAACACGGCCGGGAUGUGGAUUUGGUGAAUGCUUUGAGGAGGGAGCAUCGAAGGCGACGGGUGAUGAGCUAGACAGGUACACAGGAAGGAGAGAAAUGGUUGCCUUCCGAAGCCGGAUGAGCUCGUUACUUCCCGCGGGAUUUCCAGCAAGACAAACGUUUGGGUUUAGGAGGAGCUGAAGGUUGGGACCACCUGCAGGAAUGAUGGCCUUCGUCGCCGAAGGCUACCGGGUGCCAUAUCUGAGGAUCGCAAGCGCUCUUCUGGCUCUCGCAGUCAUCGCCUGUUUUCCAGUUUCAUCAGCAGAGAGAAGUGGACUGAGCUUCGCCUGCGGGGCUCCGGAAGGUUUUACGACAAACAGCGUCUUAUGGAAAUCCGACAAAGACAUCGCUCCAGCGAAAUCGAAGAUUGCGAAGAUCGGUACAGAUUAUGUGCGAUACUUUUCUGAGUACAGCGAUGCAAACGCGCAUCAAAAUCUUCACUGCUACGACAAGCUACCUUCAAUAACUUCCGAAGGCCCCAUUCUUCUGAGGGUGACUUUUGAAUACUCAAACUACGACGGUCUGGACGCACCUCCGGAAUUUCAAAUGUGGGUCGGAGCAUCGGAAGUGGCGUAUGUGAACCUGAAGAAGGAUGAUCCUUGGGUCGAGGAGGCCGUCCUCAAAUACAGCUCCGAUUCCAGCACUCAAGUGCUUUGCUUGGUUGCAGUGAAGGGUGCGCCGGCGAUCUCUUUCAUCGAGUUGAGGCCGCUUCCUGCCGAUGCGUACAGUGCCGGACACUUGCUUCGCACCCUCAAACGAAUUGACUGCGGGAAUGAUAAUGCGACUCGUCGCGUCAGAUUUCCGCAAGAUGUUUACGACAGAAUAUGGGACGUCGACGCGAAUUUCCCAUCCAAUUCCGACAGCUUUGCGUCAAAAGUUACCAUUGAUGGUGAAGAUGUCCCAGAAAGACCUCCAAUGGCAGUGCUGGAGACCUCAAGAGUGCCAUCGUCUGGCACACGCUUAGCGUACAAAUUUGACACAGAGACAACUGGCUUCUUCGAAAUCAAAGUUUACACUCCUAGUACGAUUCCCUCUACUCUGAAUGUGAACGGUGUCUCAUCGACAGAGUCCCCUGUCGUCGGUCGAGAGGUGCAAGUUACAUCUGUUUCACGAGUUCCGGAUAGCUCUGGGGGAGUGGAAGUAGUUCUCCAAGGGAGCAACGGACUGAAGCCUCAAAUCAAUGCUUUAGAAGUCUUCCAAGAAAUUGAUGGGAUCUUUUCGAAUGAUGCGGACGCCAUCAACGCCAUCAAGGCUUAUUACAACAUAGUUUCCAACUGGUUUGGAGAUCCGUGCCUGCCCGUCCCAUGGAAUGGUCUCGAGUGCUCCAGCGACAGCCGAGUGACAUCUUUGGACCUUUCUGGUCAGAAUCUUAUCAAACCUAUGAAUCCAAAGAUUAAGUCUCUCACACGUCUCAAAAGUUUAAACAUGAGUUUCAACAAGUUCGACUCAAAGAUCCCCGAUUUGACAGGACUCAUCAAUUUACAAGUAUUAGAUCUUCGGAAGAACGACUUUUUCGGCAACCUGGACGUUCUUAGCGGACUUUCGGCUCUGACUCAACUGGAUGUUAGCUUCAAUCCACGGCUCUCUGGAGAAACUCCAUCCGCUUUGAAGAGGACCAACUUGCAGAUAGAUGCACAGGGCACUUGUGUCGACCAACCAGCUGGUUGCAAUCUUUCCCCAUCUCCAGAAGUUUCAAGUUUAUUGAACAAAAAUCGAACCGGCUUAAUUGUCGGUGUCGUUGUUGCCGUGGUGCUGGCUAUUCUGCUCGCCCUGGUCAUUUGUAUCUUCUUGAUUUGGAGGAGGAAGAAGCCUCGCGCCGGAAGAGGCGAGGUUGAGGGGGGUGUGGAUCUCAGGAACUGGACCGCAGCGAAAGUUUUCACCUUCAAGGAACUUGAAACAGCUACAAAUCACUUUAAGAAGAAAAUUGGUGAAGGAAGCUUCGGCCCUGUUUAUCUUGGAGUGUUGUCGAACGGUCAGAAAGUUGCAAUUAAGAUGCGUCACGACACAUCGGCUCUUGGAGCUGACGCAUUUGCUAAUGAGGUUUAUUUGCUAUCACGUGUUAAUCACCCGAACCUAGUGUCUUUGCUAGGGUAUUGUCAGGAGGGCAAAAAUCAGUAUCAGUUACUCGUCUACGAGUUCAUGCCAGGUGGUACGCUUAUGGACCAUUUAUACGGGACCAUGGUUCGUCUGGAUUGGAUCACCCGUCUACGUAUAGCCAUCGGUGCUGCAACAGGUAUUUCGUAUCUUCAUAACGGAAGUGACCCGAAGAUAAUUCACAGGGAUGUGAAGAGCACCAACAUACUACUUGACAAUAACUUGAUGGCUAAGGUUUCAGACUUUGGCCUCUCAAAACUUGUCACACGAACCGAGGCAACGCAUGUGACAACGUUGGUGAAAGGCACGGCGGGUUAUCUCGAUCCAGAGUACUUCACAACGAAUCAGCUGACGGAGAAGAGUGAUGUCUAUAGCUUCGGAGUUGUUCUGUUGGAAAUCAUAUGUGGGCGCGAACCUUUGACCGGUAAUCGUGCCCCUGAUGAGUACAAUCUGAUCGCAUGGGCCAAGCCAUAUCUUCUGGCGAAAACCUAUGAAGGAAUUGUGGACAGGGGGCUGCAGAACAACUACAAUUCCAGAAGUAUGAGUCUUGUGGCCAGCCUUGCACUGCGCUGUAUUGAGAGGGAUAGUAAAAAUCGACCUACCAUGCUUCAGGUUUUGAGAGAGCUCGAAGAAGCCUUGCAAUACGAGGAUCGACCAGAGAGGACUCUAGCUUCACCGUCGCAGCCAGACUCGGCAGCUUUUGACUUCAAAAGCACGGCUUCAGACACUCCCCCAGAUAGUGCACCGCAGCUUGCGAACGUGCCGUCGUUCACAUUUCCGAGGUAAUAGGUCGGUCAACUCCUCGCUGUUAGCUGGCAGGUAGGCUCCAGAAAGAUGUCAGAUUUUCUCUUGCAGGCCAUCAAGACUGAUAAGUGUUCACCCAUCUUCCUUAGAUCCUCCUCAGCAGGUUGUACAUUAGGCUCUUCAUUCUCCAUUUUGGAGCCGUCUGAGCAGUGCUUUUGUAUAUUGUACGAUUAUUAGUAACAAAUAAUCCAUCAAAAUUGCCACUGCGGCUGGCUGGCUCCUUGCAACUUAUCGGAAGAUCAUAUUUGACUGGAGCCGUGGAUGAAGGUUACAACUGC